AGAGGUAACCCAAAGAGGAGAAGAAGAAUUUAACGGUUCCCGGUUGUUGUACCGCCCCAGUCUCCCCGGUGCAGGUGGCUCAUACUUUGUUUUGGACUAAGUUAUUCCACCAAAUCAGCGGCCAAGAUAAUUGAAACGUUCAGUUCUCCUUGCCAACGAACCGCCAUAUUUUUUCAACGAAGCGCUAUGCGUUGACAACGUAACUCGUUAAGGAUCAUUACUGCUGCCAAAGACUCAGGGCGAUGGAGGAGGGCUCUGAGGUGACAGAGGACAUUGUAUUUCGAGGGGUGGAGUUUUCUGUGAAGAUUGAAGUGGACAAGGGUUUGCUGGUUGUUGAAAUCUCAGACUCAAUGACAGCUGAUCAGUGGAGGGGGGACUUUGAUCCUGCAUAUAUUGAAGACCUCACCCGCAAAACUGGCAACUUCAAGCAGUUCCCUAUCUUCUGUAGCAUGUUGGAAUCAGCUGUCAGAAAGACAAGUGAUUCUGUGACACUUGACCUGUUGACAUAUGCUGACCUGGAGCUGCUGCGUAACAGAAAAGCAGGAGUGGUUAGUCGUCCUCGUGGCCAACAGCAGCCAUCUGCUCUCACCGCCAAAAGAUAUCUAAUCCUCAUUUACACUGUGGAGUUUGACAGGAUACACUACCCUUUACCUCUACCCUACGUGGGCAAGCCUGACCCGGCAGUCCUGCAAAGAGAAGUGAGAGCUCUGAGGGCUGAGCUCAGCACCCUCACCUCUCACGGAGUUAAUAGAUCGGCAGAACUUGAGAUCCAGCGGCUACGAACAGAGUUGGCUCUGGUGAAAGAAGAGAAAGAGGCCAUGGCGAAGGUUAUGGAGCGACUGCAGCUUGCUGGAAGUGGGUCCACAUCAGGGCGAGAGGACUGGAGGGUCAGAGAAGUGGUGACGACGCUGGAGGAGCAGCUUAUUAAGGAGAGGGCCAAGAGUCAACGCUCAGCGAGCAAGAGAAGCCAGGAGCAGCGGCUGUUAAAUGAGCAGUUGGAGGAGCUGCAAGCAUCGGAGCGUGCUCUCCGCGUUCGUGUCAAGAGUCUGACAAAUGAGCUUGCAUUACUACGGAGAGGCAGAGUGACUCCUGUGUCCGGCCACCUCAGCUAUCGGGUCGAUGGGGAAAUCUAUCGCUCUGUGUCUCGUGAGAGGAGGUCAGGAUACGGGACAGUCAGAGCUCGCUCUGGAUCCAGAGAGCGGAUAGAAAACAGAGGUCAAAGGUCAGAGGAAAGAGGAAGAAGGGCAGACUCUUCAGGACCACGUGCACACAUACCCAGGCUGUCACCUUCACCCACUGGGUCUCGGGUGCCACGCUUUGACCCUACCGCUUACAUCCAAGACAGACAGCGUAGGCUGAAAGAGGCAGAGCUCAAGAAACAGAGGAAGGUACGCAGAGACAUGCUGACUUCACCUAUCGUCCCUGAGCGGGGGCGUUCACGCUCCAGAGAGGCAUUUCCUUUGACAGCCCGGUCCAGCAGCAGAGGCAGGAGUUUAUCCAUAGAGCGCAGAGGGAGCAGGAAUUCGUCUGAAAGCUCAUUGGUAGAUAUGGAGGAAAUGGCCAAAACUCUGUUCAGGGGAAGAAAACCAGCAUACAAUGGACCUAAUGUGUCAAGAGGAGGCCUUUUAACCAGGAAGCCAUUAUGCAGUACUCCAACACAGAGGAUGAAAGAUAAAGAGAGCUCCAUGGAUACUGGUGCUGAGCUGUCAGAGAUCGAUGCUAGACUGCAGGCGCUUCAGGACUACAUGAGAGACCUCGAUACGGGACAUUAACAACCUCUGCACAGCAACCACUCAUGGAUAUACCUGUUACCUGCUGUUUGCACAGCUUGGAGCUCAGGAGAUCACAGAGGAACACUUGAGCUUCAAACAUGAGCCCUGCAAAUAUAACAAAAAAGACUUCCUCUGGAAGGCGGGACUUCCAGGACCUCAGGAAACCAGAGCCAACACUGUGAAGGACUUAUUUUUGUGGACUGAAAUUAUUUUUUUAUUACAUGAAGUUUUUAUGAAUUAACUUACAACUACACGUGUGUUUUCUCUUCCUUUGUCACGUCCCCAGCUUUACUUGUUAAACUGAUGUUAAUCUGGCAGUAACUCACUCUGUAAAACCCCUUACUCUCUUGAUGGUUUUCUUUUUUAAAGCACAUCAGGUCAACACAAUGAGCUGCAUUCUUUUAGGUCUUAACACAUUUCAGCAAGGGAGGGCAUUAUUGUUUAUUGUGGAGUUUUACCUGUUUACAAACACCAUCUUCACUUUUCUUAACUCAAAGUCGCACAACUCAUUUGAUCAAAGAUGUUUGUGGGUGUGAUUGAUGUGAUUUUGCUUUAGCAUAGUAACCAUAGACUGUUCAGCCUGUGAUGGGCUGUUACCUUUGUGCCCAGUGCAUGCUGGGAUACACUCCAGUUCCUGUAGCCUUAGCAGAAAGCAUGAAGAGAACAUGACUGGCUUCAUUUCUUUGUUAUUUUAAUGCACUUUCUCUCCCUUGCUCCCCUUUUUACUAGACAUUGCCUGUACAUUUUCAGCUUUCCGUUGACAGUUAAAUACCUUGAUACACAGUAGAACUGGGGCAUUUUCUGUUCUUUAAAGGUUAGUAGCCCUAUUAUUACUUUAAGAAUACACAUAAACUUGGACCCGAUAUAUCUUUUAAUCCUUUUCAUCAAACUUUUUUCCUCACACUUUAAGUGCUUGUGUUUAUGUCGAUUAAUCCAUUCCACUGUCAUGGUGAUUGUGCAUGCAACGUGAGUGAAACGGCCAAAUUCUGUAAGAAUCUCCUCAUUGCCAACUUAAAAUGUCCCUACUUUAAUGCCUUUUCUAUCGCCUAAAAUAUAAAAUAUUUUAAACGUA